AUGGCGGAUGCAGAUGUUGUGUGCAAGCAACUGGGCUGCGGAGCUGCUGAGUCUGCCCUGGGUGAGGCUGCAUUUGGGGAAGGGACUGGUCCCAUCUGGCUGGAGAAGGUGAAUUGCAAGGGAACAGAGUCAUCUCUGUGGGACUGUUGUUCUGAGCCCUGGGGAGACAGUAAAUGCCACCACAAGGAAGAUGCUGCUGUGAACUGCUCUGGUGCAAGACAGGUGACAGCAUCACCACUGAGAACAGAUCUCCCCCGCCGCCAACCUCCAGCUGAUGGUAGGAGAGACAUGGUGCUCAUUGUCAUCUGCAUUGUCCUGGGAGCUGUUCUGUGCCUGGUCUUAAUCAUUCUGGGGGGGCAGGUGCGAAGCGCCAGGGCACUGCGCAGAGAUUCUGAGAAAUACUCCAACCCCUUCUCUGAGGCUGUGUAUGAGGAGAUUGAAUAUAACCGGAUGAGAGAGAAACUUGAAAUGUUUGGUCACUCAGUUUCCUACUCAGAGGACCCUAUGAUAAAGCUGCAGUAUUACACUGGGGACAGUGAGGAAGGAAAUGACCCUGGAUCAGUAAAAGCUGCUCCUUUUCUCAGUGAAGAAGGUUAUGAUGAUGUUGGGGAAAUUUCCACUCCUGAAGUCGAUCCUUUUUCUGGGCAGGAUGAUCAGGCAGUGAUCAGGAUUUCACAGGAAAGUGACAAUGAGAGAGGAUCCCAGAAAGACUUGGUCCUGACCAAAGGAGAUGACUUUGUGACCACCUUAAACAUAGCGGGCAGCCUGGGCGACAGCGACGAUGAAACCAUCAUGUUCACUGUCUGUCACAAGCCAGACAAACUAGAUAGCAGAAUUUAA